AUGAUCUUGAGCCAGAUCUCGUAUCUGGACUGUGUGGCCUUCCUCGUCUUUCUCGCGCCACAGUUGCUGAUUCAGAUUGGCAUCAUACCGCUUCUGACAUGGCUCGUUCCAGCGUUGCCGUCGAUUGUUUCUAAAGUUCUUGUCAUCCCAUAUCAAUUUGUCCGCAGACGCUUCUUGAUUCCAUAUGAACACCGCUCGCCUUUUGUAAAGAAAGCAACACCGUUCCAAGAUCUUGUGAUCCGUUUUGUUCGCUAUGCCUUUGCCAAUAUGCCCGCUUUCCUUGGUCGGGUUUUCUUCUCCAAGGCCGUCUCACUUCCCUUCCUGAGAUUCCGCAUGUUGAGACACGGCAUCUUUACCAGCCCCCUUCGAUGGACCGAGGUUAAGCGACCAAACUUCAAAGGCGUAUUGGUAGUCUACGACCAACAAGAACAGCCCGACAUCAUUGUCUAUUAUGCGCAUGGCGGAGGAUUCUCCAUGGGAAGCAGCUACUUUUACCUCGAAUUUCUACUUGCCUGGGUUGCGCUACUCAAGUCCGCUGGAUACCGUAACCCAGCUCUCUUCGCACUGGAGUAUACGCUUGUACCUGACGCCAUGUACCCAACUCAACUUCAUGAGACAGUUGCCGGGUAUGAAUACGUUCUAUCACUAGCCCACUCAUCGACUCGUGUCGUGGUAGGCGGCGACUCGGCCGGUGGCACUUUAAUGCUCAGUUUCUUGUUGUAUCUUUCAGAGCAUACAAAGCUUCGGCAUCAAAAGCCGGGCCUCGCCAUCAUGAUAAGCCCAUGGGUCACCAUUGUGUCUCGCAACAAUCGCAACACGGAAUCUGACUACCUCAACAGCGCUUCACUAGAGCAGUAUGGUCGCCAAUACAUUGGUAACAAGGUAUCUCCCGGGGAUCCCAUGGUUUCACCCGGCCAUUGUAAGGAUACCAAGAAAUGGGCGGAAGCUAGUCCAGAAAAGGGCUGGUAUUUCUUAUAUGGCAGUGAAGAAGUACUCGGGCCUGAGACAAAGGAUCUCAUAAACCUGCUAGGAAAGACUGGGAAAGAUGUCGAUAGCUGGGAGGAAAAGGGUGGCAUACACGCAUGGCCGGUCGCCAGUCUCUAUCUUGGGGUAACAAGGGAAGAUAGAUUGAGUGGGUUGAAGAGCAUCGUGGGAGCUAUCAAGGAGAGAAUACAUUGA